AUGGGAGUUCACUUUGGAGUUAAAGGUAUAAUAGAUUCAUUAUGUAUUGAAAUUGAAAAUGAGAUAAACGAAAUAAUAAAUAACAAGGGAUUGUUGGUAGCAGAAAAGAACGUAGAUUCAGAUCCACACACAUAUAGCUUCUGGAAUGACGAAGUGACUCCAUCUAAGGGGAAUGAAGAAUGUAAAAGUAUGGAUCACGAAUUUUUGAGGAAUUUUUUAAAUACUCCACCGGUUGAAAAAUAUAAAAGUAAACCAUUUAAAAGAUCGAAGACCUACGAUUUUGAAAGCAAGUCAGAUCCACUUGCCAUGUUUGAGUUAAAGUUGAAAGCUGCUUCUCUUUACCUCUCUUCUGUCAAUGAAAAACUGGAUGAACAGAUUUGUUUGGUUAUAGCAUUUCGUACAUUGCGCAACAUCAAAUCACAGAUGUUAGAGAGUGAACAGGACCCCGGAUGA